AUGUUUCAAUGGAAGCGAUUCCAGUUCUUCGAACAAGAACUAUGCCUACAUACUUCGGGCUUCGUCAACGUGGUGGACCGUGACUUCAAGGUCUACUCCUUCCAGGCUUUCCGCUUCUCGGUCACCCAUGCCGAGCAGCUCAAGCAGGCCAACAUUCUCGUCGCCAUCGGUGAUGACGACGAUGCCAUCUCGCCCACGCUCAAGGUGUGGAACUUGGACAAGGCCGACAAGUCUGGCAAUCCUCUGUGCCUGCGGUCGAUCAAGAUCCAGCCGCCCGUGGGCGCCGUCGUGCCGGUGACCUGCUUGGCCGUCCUGGAGGACCUCUCCCAGGUCGCCAUCGGUCUGUGCAACGGCGUGGUCCUGCUCAUGCGCGACCUCGGCCACGAGCGUGCGCCCAAGCUCGUGCCUCUCUCCAAUCCUUCCUAUUCACCCAUCACCGGGCUGGGCUUCUCCGACGACGGCAAGGACAGGACGACGCUCUUCGCCGCCACGCCCGACUCUACUGUGGCCUACCACACGUCCCUGCAGCGGACCCCGACCGAGGUGCUUGAUGAUAGAGGCUGCGAGCUGGGCCGCGCCGUGAUCAGCGACACUCACGACCUCUGCAUUGGCCGAAAGGAGGCGGUCUAUUUCUACGAACCCGAAGGCCGCGGCCCGUGCUUCGCGUUCGAGGGCGAGAAGAAGAUGCUGUCCUGGUUCCGUGGCUACCUCAUUGUCGUCAGCCAGCAGGAGGUCGCCAGCGGACCGAAGCAAGACGUGUUCACGAUCUACGAUUUGAAGAACAAGUUCAUCGCCUACACGACCACCUUCACCAACAUAUCCUACAUCGUAUCGGAGUGGGGUUCUAUCUUUGUUCUCACCCGCGACGGCCUGCUGUACCAAGUGCAAGAGAAGGACACGCAGACGAAGCUGGAGACACUCUUCAAGAAGAACCUCUAUUCGGUGGCCAUCGAUCUCGCCCACAGCCAGCAGUACGACUACAACUCGAUCACCGACAUCUUCAGGAAAUACGGCGACCAUCUCUACUCGAAGGGCGACUACGACGGAGCCAUGCGCCAGUACCUGCGAACGAUUAGUCGACUCGAGCCCUCCUACGUCAUCCGCAAGUUCCUCGACGCCCAGCGCAUACACAACCUCACCUCCUACCUCCAGGCGCUGCACGAACAAGGCUUGGCCAACGCGGACCACACGACACUGCUGUUCAACUGCUACACCAAGCUUAAGGAUGUCCAAAAGCUCGACGAGUUCAUCAAGGCGGGGUCGAACCUCAAAUUCGAGGUCAAGACGGCGAUCAAGGUGUGCAGACAGGCGGGCUACUUUGAACACGCGCUCUACCUCGCCAAGCGCCAUAAUCACCACGAGCAAGCGCUGAAGAUCAUUGUUGAGGAUCUGAAGGACUACCAGAACGCGCUCACCUACAUCGCCACCCUCAACUUCUUCGAGUGCGAAAAGGUGCUGAAGAAGUACGGCAAGAAUCUGGUGUCGUGCAUGCCCGAGCAGACCACCAACCUCCUCAUGGACCUCUGUACAAACUACAAACCCAAGGGCACUAAAGAGGCCACCGAGAGCUUUGCUCAGCCACGGCCCAAGGCCAACGCCGAGGAGUUCAUCCAUGUGUUCGUCGGUCAGGAGGAGUGGCUGGCCAAGUUCCUCGAGUUCAUCGUGCAGCAGGGUCUCGCCACCAACCUCGUCUACAACACCCUCCUCGAAAUCUACCUCCGAGAUGACGUGGGCGACAAGGUCCCGGUCAUGGCCAGGACGGAGCGUCUGAACAGAGCUAUCGCGCUCCUCAAUGACCCGCGGGCGCAAUUUGAUGAAGACCAUGCGUUGGUGCUGUGCCAAAUGCACGACUUCAAGGCGGGCAUCCUCGUCGUCUACGAACACCUCAAGCUGUACCAUGAGAUUGUGGACUUCCAUAUGGAGAACAACGACUACGAACAGGUCAUCAGCUCCUGCAAGAAAUACGGGCCGAUGGAUCCGGACCUGUGGAUCGAGGCCCUGACCUACUUUGCCCUCCGCGACGACGACUGCCAGCACGAGAUCGGCGAGGUGCUCAACAACAUCGACCGGGAGAACCUCCUGCCCCCGCUCCCCAUCAUCCAGAUCCUCUCGCAAAAGGUUCGCCACUUGCUCGAGCCCACGCCGACGACGCAGCUGGCUGUGGUCAAAGACUACAUCGUGCGCAGGCUCUCGCAGGAGAAUCAGCUCAUCGCCGAGGAUCAGCGCUGCAUCAAUAACUACCGCGAGGAGACGGAGAAGAUGAAGAAGGAAUUCGAGGAACUGCGAUCGGGGGCCAAGAUUUUCCAGCUGCACAAGUGCACGGCCUGUACCGGUCCCCUCGACCUGCCCUCCGUCCACUUCCUGUGCAUGCACUCCUUCCACCUCAGGUGUCUCGGCGAGUACGACAAGGAGUGCCCCGUGUGCGUGCGCAACAACAGAAAGAUUUUGGAGAUCAAGAAGUCCCUCGAAGAGAACUCGGAGCAGCACGAGGCCUUCUUCAGAGAGUUGGACGCGGCGUCGGACGGUUUCGAGGUGGUGGCCAAGUACUUCGGACGGGGCAUCUUCUCACACAUGCCCAGCGUCAACGACCAGCCCCCCAGCCAGGCGAUUACCGACUGCCACAUGGCGUGCAACAGCGGCGUGCUGGCCGACGACACCUCGCCGCCACCGCUGGCGGUGGUCCUCGUGGCGUUGAAGAAGGCCCAGAUGUGCGUGUUGGUGUGA